AUGUCCUGUGAUCAUGAUGCGGUUUCUCGCUGGAUACUUCAUAAAAACAAAAACGCAGCGGAUGUUCAUGAUGCUGUAAGCGCGAGUCUGCAUGUGGUGUGUGUUCAUCAGACGUCUGGAGCCGCAGGCCGCACGUCCAGCCCUGAUCCAGUGACCGAUCUACAGCUCUCCAAAGUCACCCAAUGUGUUUUAAAUGAGCUCAAGGCCAAAGAUGCGGCGAGAGCGAGAGCCGGCUCUGUGUUCUGGCCUUAUUUCUGGAGAGCCAAACUCUGCACAUGUACCGACUGCAAGAGGAUGUAUGUUAAGACGGGCGUUCCUUUCCUGCUGGACAAGUCGGACACACUGCUGGCUCACGAGGAGAAAGCCAAAGCUGAAGCACUGACGAGUGAAGACCUGCUGCUGUCCUGCAUCUCCUCCCUGAACCACAUGCAGCAGCUCGAGAUCAUUCACCAGUACAAUGAGCUGAAACAUGAGCUGCAUGAGUUUCUUCAACAGUCUGCUGACCAGAGAAAGGACAUCACUCCUGAGGCUUUCCGUGAGUUUUUGGAGGAGCUGCAAACAAGAAAGAGGAGACGGUUGAACUGAACCAGUCAACAUCACAGUAUUAUCAGACUUAACUUUAGAGUGGAUCCACUGUAAUAAAGUCUCAGAGCAAAAACACCA